GUUGCCCAUCCAGUCCGGUGCAGUGUUUGCAAAUACCGUGAACGCGAGCGAGAGCAGAAGCAAGGGGGGAACUGACGGACGGGACGGACGGACGCUCGUCUCCUGCUGCUGCCGCUGCUGAAAACAAGCGCUUCUCCCUGGUCAUCGCAGGGGAUCGCUCUCGGUCCUUUCGCUGGGGCUUUUCCUACCUGAGAAAAAUAUUCAAGUGCAUCUGAAUUUUCCUUUUUUCUUCUUCUUCUUCUUCUUUUUUUUUUUUUUUUUAAAAACAAGCUCCGGGGAAAACAAUGGAUGUUCUACCCAUGUGCAGCAUCUUUCAAGAACUUCAGAUAGUUCACGACACGGGCUAUUUCUCCGCCCUGCCGUCACUGGAGGAGUACUGGCAGCAGACGUGUCUGGAGUUGGAGCGCUACCUGCAGAGCGAGCCGUACGUCUCCACGUCUGACCUCAAGUUCGACGGCCAGGAGGACCUCUGGAGCAAGCUGAUCUUGGCCUGCGGGGAUAAGGCCAAGGCCGAGGCCGACCCAAAGCUGCCCCCGGCCCAGGAGGAGGACAAUCAGGACAGCCAAAUCUUGGACACCAACAGUGUGAAUUCAGACGCCAGCAGCGAGGCUUCAGACAGUUCUGAGGAGCUCUCGCCCACGCACAGCUUUACCUCCAACCCUCUGGGCUCUGUCCUGGUUGGCUCCGGACCUUUUAGCCCCUCCGUCAUUAGCACUCCCCCGUCCUCGCCAGAGGCCACCUCGGAGCCCGCCGCCGUGACGAAGGGCUGGGUUGCCACGCACGCCGAGUUGCACUUGCCGGUCAAAAUUAGGAGCGGCGGGGUGGCAAAGAGUUCGGAAAAGACGGGACUCAUCUGCGGCGACGCGUCGCCAGACGGCAGGAGGCGAGUACACAGGUGCCACUUCAACGGGUGUCGCAAGGUUUACACGAAGAGCUCCCACCUUAAAGCACACCAGCGCACUCAUACGGGUGAAAAACCAUACAGGUGUUCAUGGGAGGGCUGCGAGUGGCGUUUUGCACGAAGCGACGAGCUGACCAGACACUUCAGGAAGCACACUGGGGCGAAGCCAUUCAAAUGCACUCACUGUGACAGAUGUUUCUCCAGGUCUGACCAUCUGGCUCUUCACAUGAAGAGGCACAUCUAGAGCAGGGCAAGCACCAACCAAGCAACGCAGUGAAGGGGAAAGUUUUUAAAAGAAAAAAAAACAAAAAAAAAACAAACGCCGUCUCCCGACCAGUCUCUUGGUUGAACUGUCCCAGAGCAGAGUGGCGGGAGUGUGUUCCAGCCAAAGCAUGCCGUUUUGCACCAUACUGAAACCCAGUGCCUCCAGGACCUCUCUUUGGAGAAAGGCGCUCUGAAGGUUGUCUGUUGCAGCAAGAGGACAAAAUCAUGGAUGGGGAAGAAUUUGUUUUAAUUGAGAAGGACUUACAAAAAAGACAAAAAAAAACAAACAAAAAAAAAAACAAAAAAAACGAUAAAAGACACACAAACAAAAAGAGUGAAUGACAUGUAUGUAUGGUGCAUGAUGUUUUGGGGACAUCUCCCGGACAGCAGAUACACUGGUACUUUACAAAACUGUCUGAGGUAAGCAUGUGUGCACUGUGAAUGUCUGUGAUUGGCCGACUGGCCCCCCUGGAAAGAGGGAAGAAGAGAGGAGUUUUGGGAGAGGAGAUGGAUUGAUGGAUGGUGCGGGGCUGGUACCAAUGUUGCUGUGGACUGAAUGGGUUUCUGGGGGAAACAUUCCACUUGUGGUUCCCCAGUGGCAGUGUGAGGAUGAGACAGGGAGGAAGUUCCUGCCUGCCUGUCUGUCUGACACCCAGAUGAUGU